GACUGUGAUUUAAUUUGAUUUAAUUAUUAAAAAGAUGUUCGCCUUUUUAUUGUGAGGCUAGAAAUGCGGCGCAUUUAUCAAAGUUCAUUUCAAGCCAUGUCCAAAAAUAAACGUAAUAAAUUCAAUUCUCCUGCAUUGGUAUCUAAAUCCGAGAAAGCAGAGGAACCCAUACGAUUGGACAAAGAUGGAAACAUCUGUGUACGAAUCCUGGCAAAACCAGGAGCUAAACAAAACUUUAUUACUGAUAUAUCUAUAGAGGGGGUAGGUAUACAAAUAGCGGCGCCUCCCUCUGAAGGCGAAGCAAAUGCUGAACUCGUGAAGUAUCUUUCUAAGGUGCUCCGAUUGCGCAAAAGCGAUGUGGUAUUAGAUAAAGGGUCCCGCUCCCGCAAUAAAAUCGUAUUAAUUAAUAAGGAUUCAACUAGCAUUGAUGUUGUCAAAGAACUAAUUCAAAAGGAAAUUGGGAUGUAGACUUCUCCAAUGCACUAAAAUAAUAUAUCUCGCCUUUAGUUACACUUGCCUGCAAAGGAAAGCAAUUCAAAAGCAAAUAAAACACACUGAAAUUUAUUUUGAAACGUUUAUUUCUAUCGAAUUUAUUUAGAUUUAAUACCCUCCUCAUACAUAGCUUUUCAGAAAACCUAAAAAACCAAAGGUAUGUUUUAUGCUUGGAUCCUUUUCAGUUGUCUAUGAGAUUUUCUUCAUUUCUGUGGUUGACAACUGGUUUUAUUAUAUUAAAUUAGGCAAUAAUAUGAAAAUCG